AUGGCUACGAACUCAGGGGUAGAGUGUCAGUACUUCUUUGAGGAUGUCGUCUACCGUGUGGACAAGAAAGGUAAUGUUGUAUUCGGGAUCGUUAUGGAAAAUGACGACGAAGAUUUAUCCGAGGAAAGUUCUGACAGUGAAGAGAGCCCGAAGAGGAAAAAGGGCGAGAUUCGCGUGGUCUGGCAUCCCUCCGGUGUCGAGGAGUUAGUCAACGCGAAGAAGGUAUACCUGGCAGACAGAACACUCAUGCCAGGAGAUGUUGUACGUCGAAUGAUCAAGGGGAAAGACACUCAAAGAGGGUACUGCAGAGAAAUUGAACUGACUGUAUGUGUUCAAGCGAUUGGUACAAAACAGGUUCUUACAAAUAUUAGGAGCGAGGAUUUAGUUCCAUUGGAAGAGUUUGCAACGGAUAUAGCUGUUUGUAUGGAUUCUUGGGUUGGUGGUAUAAAAAUGGCACAUUUUAAAUUAUGGCUUACUACACCCGAUGGAUCUCGUUGCGUUGUCAAUGAAAUGGAUUCUCGUGUCUUGGGACAAUUAGAAGAAAAACGAGACAGUGAUAACGAUUUUCCUCAUUCUUCUGAGUUUUAUCCUGGUCAAUGUUUGUGGGGACCAGUUCACUGCCUAGAAGAUGCACAGUGGAUUACAUGUACAAAAGAAAUGAAAGCAAAAAGGAAGACUAAGCCACUUAAAAUGACAAAAGUGACUGUCGAAAAAGUGGAGACAGAUUGGGUAGGAGUACACUGGCAAUGUAGAGCAUAUUCAAAAGAUGGUGCUUGGUCAGAUCAAGCUCAACCAAAGUUUGUAGUGGAAGGAGAAAACUUGAAAAAAUUGAAAUUAUUAAAUGUAUUUGAACCAUCGACUGUGCAAGUGGGAGAUAGAAAUUUCUAUGUAAUUAAAGGUGAUGAAAGUGUCAUUACACGUGAACAAUGGAGGAAGCUGCAAAGAGGUGUUUUUCCAGUUCCUAAGCAUAGCCCAAAGAAAACACGUCCGAAUAUUAGUAUCACAAAACCAAUUGAAGACAAAAAGAAGGAUAAAGAUAAUAAAGAUAAAGAUAAUGAACAUCAGGCGUUAGAAGAGAGUGCUCAAAAUAAUAUUAAUAGUUUACAAAAUGUGACAAGCAAUAAUACUCUAAUGCCUCCAGUGCAAAACCAAAAUACUGAAAGUUCAGAUGACUGGGAUACGGAAGAUACAGGUUCUCAGAGUGAUAGUGCUUCGGUAUCCAGUGGUUGUUCCAGUUUGUCUUCUAUGGGUAAGAAGAAAAAGGGUCCUGCUUUAAUGACUAAAGUAUUGAAAAAGAAAAAACUGUGUAAAGCAAAAAAAAAGGUGCCACCAGUUCCACUUAUUCCAGGAACUAAAAUUGUAGUGGAAACUUUAUCUACAAAUACAAAAGCUAAUGUUGUAUGGCAAGAUGGCUCAGUGGAAUUUGGUAUCCCAUCAACACAACUUUACCCAAUACAUCAUUUAGAUGACAAAGAGUUCUUCCCAGGUGAUUUUGUGGUUGAUCAAAAGGAAGAACCUAGAAUGUACGGUGUGGUUCAAAGUGUUGAUCACCAAGGUAGAACAGCAAAAAUAAAAUGGUUCAAAACAUAUACUUCUAGUCAAAGUCCACAACCGAUUUUCAUAGAAGAACGUGAAGUCAGUGUAUACGACUUAAAGGAUCAUCCAGAUUUUCAAUAUAGACCUGGUACAUUGGUAAUUCGAAUAGCUAAUUUUGAAGGAGAAAAUGCUGGCUGCACUGCUGGUCAAGUGCUAGAUAAUUAUCCAGAAGGACAAGUUAAAGUGUGGUGGGUUGAUGGACAUGUAAGUAUGUGUUGGCCUCAAGAUCUGUAUAAAGUAGGCGAAUAUGACAGUGACGAAGGUGAAUUGUGGGACGACGUAUCAUCGGAUGCUUCAUGGGAAACAGAAUUAGAAGAUUGCUUUAUCGCUGAUACUGAUGGGACAGAACAAACAGAAUUGGAAAAUAUAAAACCAAAAUUAGCUGCGCAUAUUGAGAAAGCUCGUAUCGCGAUGUCCAGGUUAGAAGAAAUUUUUACCCAGAAUCCAUCGCUUCAAACAACUGAAGUCAUGAGAAAAUUAUUAGAAGUAUAUAAAGAUUGUCGGUAUAUGGACAAACUUAUGGGUACUUCUUUCUUUCACGAAAGCCAUUUUCAAGGACUAUUGGAAAGGGUUAGAGAACGUGGUCGUGCUAAUGUAGCGCAACGUAUGGCAGAUCAAGUAACAAGGUUAUUUACUCAUAAAUCCGGCGAAAACAUAGAAAAGGAUAAUAUAGAAGCUACUGAGAAAGUCAUUACUGUAACAGACAUGACGGAAUCUGUCGAUAAUAAGAGUAAUGAAAGUAUGAAUAAACACCAGAAUGAGAAACGAGAAGAGUCGAGUGAUCGAUUGUUUAUCAAUGUCAAUCCAAAUCCUGAAGACUCCGGAUUAUAUUCUGCUGAAAAUUCAAAAAAAGAAUCAGGUUCGAGUGAAUCGAGUGGAGAAUUUCUACUUAGUGAAGAUGCAAACAACAUACCCGACCGUUCAACAGAAAAAAUCGAGGCGCACAAAGCCACAAAGACUCAAACACAUAUAACAAGUUCUCAUGUAGCCGGUUCUUUAGUUUGCGUGAAACUUUGUACCUUGAUAAAAGCUCAACUUGUAUUGGCGCAUGCGGAAGUUUCUAAGCGAUUUGGAUUAUCGAAAAUGUCCUUAUCCGAUGCUGAAAAGGGUUCAUCUCCUUUAAAGAAACAGAAAAAAGAAGAAGAGACGCGCAUAGAAUUAGUACAAGAACCAUCUGAAUCUUCUGUAGAGAUUCCGCCACCCAUAUAUGCAGAAGGGGAAGGAUUUUCAAUAGAAGAAACAGCUCCGGAUAGUCAUAAAUUCAAGUUGACUAUGUUUCAACCUACAGAUCCUACAAACUUUUUCCGAACUGUUUCCAAGGAAUUGAAGCUCUUGAAGAGUUCACUUCCGCCUGGUAUAUGGGUAAAAGGAUUUGAAGAUAGGAUAGAUUUAUAUUCUGUAAUGUUUCGCGGGCCGGAAAAAACACCUUAUGAGGAUGGACUCUUUCUUUUUGAUUUUCAACUAUCCGCUGAUUAUCCGGUUGCCCCACCGCUUUGCCAUUACAUUUCCUAUUGCAACGACAGAUUGAAUCCCAAUCUUUAUGAAGAUGGUAAAGUCUGCGUGAGUCUACUUGGAACAUGGUCCGGUCGUGGAACGGAAGUCUGGACAAAUUCUUCGACAUUGUUGCAAGUUAUAGUCUCGAUUCAAGGCCUUAUUUUAGUACCCGAACCGUACUUUAACGAAGCUGGUUUCGAAAAACAAAAAGGCUCUCAAGAAGGAAGGGAAAAUUCAAGAAUGUACAAUGAAAUGGUUGUUCUGAAACUGGUUCAAGCACAGACUAAACUUUUGCAACAUCCGCCAGCUAUUUUCAAAGAUAUUAUCGUUGAACAUUUCAAAAGACACGCGAAAAAAUUAUUACAGCGAUUAGACUUGUGGAUGGAAAUUUCUGAGCAACACAACAAUCAACAUCCAUUGUCUCCGGUAACACCUACUACGUUUAAACAGAUAUCAGAUGUUGACCAAAAAAUUCUACCAGAGUUUCCAUUGAUACCGGCAUCCAAAGGUUUUUGUAUAACGCUCCGUAAAACUUUAGCUACGUUCAGGGAAGUACUAUUCAAAGAAGGUAUCGUUGAAACUGGCAGUAAUUUAGAAGACAGUAAAAACAGGAAGGAACAAGCAAACAGUACUAAGAAUGAAUGUAAUAAACCAUGUAAAAUCACUGAUGGUGACAUAAAAGAUCGUGACAACAAUAAAAAGAGCAGCAGUCCGCAAGGUGGUAGCUGCAAAUUAACACCGAAUGGUAAUCUGUCCAAGGACAUUAUUUCAUCUUCUACGACGAAUAUUUCUACUACGCCAUUAAGCGAAACGAAGAAAAACAUCUCGGACCGUACCAUCAGCUAGCCACAAGAAUUGAACAAUUUGUUUCCAUCGUAUAAGAUGAAAAAUCCAUGGACAGACAAGAAAUAUGUGUGUAAACGAAUGGAAUGCAAUCAGGUAUACUGUAAAUUUAUGUAUACAGAAAUCUCGUUUUUUUUUCAAAUAUUGAAAAUAAAAAGUUGUUUUCAGAGAAGUUGUCACACUGAACAAACUUCCAUGGGACAGUAUAAUAUUGAACUUGAACAUGUUUCGAGAAUAUUACAUGUAAAAUAUUUAUGUGCAGUAUAUACGUUAUAUUUCCUUUAUCAUGUGAAAACAUUUUCUUAACCAUUGUAUCUUGAAUGGAUCGAGCAACUUUUAUUGUACACUUAAACUGAGUAUCAUGUAGAUUGAAAUGUCAAGGAACUCCUUCAAAAUGCGAUAACUUUGGAAUUGCUAUGGGAACGGAAUUCAGUUGUGGCAGUUAAUGGAACAGCGUUUACAAAAACUAAAUACGUAUUUAUCCGCGCGAAGAUUUCUUCGGAGAUAUAUGGUGCUGAAUAGAAACAAAUAAGGGAAAAAGGAGGGUUGAAGGAGAGAAAGUGAUGGAAAAAUUCAAGUCUGUUUGCGCCAUGGCUAAUAGACGUUAGCUUGAACGACUUGAUUCUUGUACUUCACUGCUUUACUGUCCGAAUCGCUAUGAAAAUUAUCUGCGUUUCUCUCUACCACACAAUCCCCGAAGCUGUAAGGAAUCACGAGUCAAACGGUAAUAUAAAAACGCAGGAUGCAACAUGUAUUUGAAUUUGUAUAUUUUUCACUGUAUUAUCACGAAUCCGUUGGGAACAGAUUACCAAAAUAAAAAUGAGUUUAAUAGCAUGCAAUUCAAGGUAAUGCAACAAUUUUACGUUUCAACUCAUUUUUGUUUGAAGAGUUUCGUCAGUCUAUUCCUAACAUUUCUUUUUCUUUCUAAUAUAGUGAUAAAUAUAGGAAUAACAAUUUUCAAGUUCGCAUUGCCGACUAAACCUCUUGGCCCCUUGCUGCCUGUAAGAUUACAAGAAAAGAAUGAAUAUAGAUAGUGUUCAGAAAUGUUUAAACGUUUAAGCUAUUUCGAAUGUCAAGUCACUUGGGCAGACGUCUACUUGGCGAGGCUCAAAUGGGUUCGAUAUUCAAUCCGCUUGAGCUAGAUUCUGUUUGUAGAGAUUCGAGUAUGUCCAAGCAUUUAUACUGCUCGAAUGGGUUCCGUUAAUAUAGGUUCAAACGAGCUCAAACGGCUUGGAUAACUCAUCGCUAAAUGUGUCAUACUAAUGGAGCUACAGCUUCUAUGUAGGAAACAGGGAUAAAGAGUGAGAGAAUGCAUUAAGUAGAAAGCUAGGAAGAUUAGAGGAAGAAAGUAACGAAGGAAAAAAUAAAUACGAGUACUGCUGUACUAUCAGGCGGAUUAAAUUGUUAUAUGAAACAUAAUGUUUUAGAAUGCCUUGUAUAUAUGCCAGCUGUUUCUAUUUCUAUUAUUAUGGUAAUCAUGUUUGCCAAUUUACACAAUGCUUUAUUUUCGCAAUAUUUAUGUUCGAUAUUAUUCAAAAUACGAGGAAUGUAUUAAUUGUCCAAAUGUUGAUACAAACAGUUUUACAUAUUUCUUCAAUAAUGAUUUCUCAUUUGGUUUUUCUUUUUUUUCAAAUAUCUCGGUUGUAACGAAUAAUUUAUAUUAUAAAUUUGGAUUAAUAUUCAAAUAAACAUUUUGGAACAUUAACAAAAAGCUAGAGCAAGUAUUGGUUACAUACAAUGUUCCUUCUAAAUUAUUUUAUACUAUGUACUCAGGAUAUAUGUUAUAAAUAGGAUCUAUUUAUGUAAUAUACUGCCAUGGUACAGUAAAAGAUCUUUGGUUGCAUAUUUGAGUUAAAGACCUUCUUGUGACUUUAGCAUCAACCAAAAUGGUAUCACCAUUAUCAUGUAACUGGCUAACAUUUGUAACUUGGUUCUCUUGAUUUUGAGUGAAUAAAAAGUCCGUAUGCGAUUAAGAAAUAUUAU